AAAGGGCUUCUGUCUUUUUUUUUUUUGCCCAGCGAAGAAGAAGCCAGACGAUCUUCCGGGUCGUUGAACCGGAAUCGAAGCCUGGACGCGGACACGCCGCACGGAGCAGUGGCGGCGGACUUCGCCGAGUCUCUUGGAAACGAAGCUCGUGAGGAGAAGAUGGUCGGAAGGCGCGCCGGGCGGCCACGCGGGAGCGCGGCCCGAGACGGUGUGCGCGCGAGCUAACCCGCCGGCGGCCUGCCGGUCUUCCGCCGCCGCCAUGGACGAGCGGGCCCUGCUGGGGCUCAACCCCAACGCCGACGCCCCCUACCGCCAGCGGGCCAUGGCGUACUUCGAGCAGCUCAAGGAGUCUCAGGACGCGUGGGAGGUGUGUGCCCGGGCGCUCGCCAAAGGACUCUACAGUGACGACCACGUCAAGUUUUUUUGCUUCCAAGUUCUGGAGCAUCAGAUCAAGUUCAGGCACGCGGCGCUGAGCGGCAACCAGCGGCAGCUGAUCCGAGAGACGCUGAUGGAGUGGCUUCAGAAUCAGCUGGCGAGGACGCACCCCGAGAAGAUCUUCGUCCGCAACAAAGCGGCGCAAGUGCUGGCGCUGCUCUUCGUCACCGAGUACCCGGCGCUGUGGCCCGAGUUCUUCUUCGACGUCCUGGCGCUGAUCGGCCUCAACCCGCACGGCGUGGACAUCUACCUGCGCACGCUCAUGGCCGUCGACGGAGAAGUGGUCGACCGGGACGUCCAGCACGCGCCCGAGGAGACGCGGCGCAACACCCUGAUCAAGGACGCCAUGCGGGAGCAGUGCAUCCCCAGCCUGGUGGAGUCCUGGUUCCAGAUCCUGCGCACGUACCAGCUGAGCCACCCCGAGCUCACGUGCCAGUGCCUGGAGGUGGUGGGCGCCUACGUGUCCUGGAUCGACCUCGGCCUCAUCGCCAACGAACGGUUCGUCGAGCUGCUGCUGGGCCACAUGUCGGCGCAGGAGCUGCGCGAGGAGGCCUGCGACUGCCUGCUGGAGAUGGUCAACAAGGGCAUGGACCCCGCAGACAAAACCCGCCUGGUGGAGUCGCUCUGCCGCCUCCUGCGGACGGCCGGCUUCUUCGACGUCGAACAGGAGGAGGACGUGGACUUCCUGGCCAAGCUGUCGCGACUGGUGAACGGCAUGGGCCAGACUUUGGUGCUGAGCUGGACCAAGCUGGCCAAGGCGGGCAGCGGCCAGGACGCGAGCGCGGCGCUGGACGCGCUGGAGGCCAAAGUGGCGCCGGCGCUGCGCCUCCUGGCGCACCCGGACGACGACAUCUCGGCCAACGUGGUGGCCUUCUGCCACGACUACCUGCACGUCCUCAAACAGCUGCCGGAGCUCAGCGACGGCCAGAAGAGCAACAUGGAGGCGAUCAUGCUGGCCGUCAUCAAGAAGUUGGCGUACGACGACGAGUACAACUUUGACAACGAGGGCGAGGACGAGGCCAUGUUCGUGGAGUACCGGAAGCAGCUGAAGAUGCUGCUGGACCGUCUGGCGCAGGUUUCCCCCGAGCUGGUCCUGGAGGCCGUCCGCCGAGUCUUCAACGACACCAUGCGGAAGUGGCAGAGCGCGCCCUUCGCCGAGGUGGAGGUGGCCGUCCGACUGCUCUACAUGCUGGGGGAGGCGCUGCCCGCCUCGCACGGGGCGCACUUCUCGGGGGACGCCGUCAAGACCGGCUCGCUGCGGGACAUGAUGAGCACGCUGGUGACGUGCGGCGUCAGCGCCCACCGGCACACGUCGGUCACGCUGGACUUCUUCGAGACGGUCGUCCGUUACGACAAGUUCUUCGUCGCGGAGCCGCGCCACAUUCCCGACGUCUUGAUGGCUUUUCUGGACCAGCGAGGCCUGAGGCACCAAAGUCCCAAAGUCCGCAGUCGAGUGGCCUACCUUUUCUCCCGCUUCAUCAAAACACUGCACAAACACAUGACGCCGUUCACGGAGGACAUCCUGACCCGGAUCCAGGACCUCCUGGAGCCGGCCCCUCCCGACAAGGCCUCGUCGGCGCCGCUGACGGCGGACGACCAGCUGUUCGCGUACGAGGCGGCGGGCGUUCUGAUCGUGAGCGGCGAGAGCGCCCCCGAGAGGAAGGAGGCCCUGAUGCGCGGCCUGCUGGCGCCGGCGGUGGCCGCCUUCCGCACGCUGCUGGACAAACUCGCCGCCGAGACGGACGAGGCGGCGCAGGCGGCCGCGGCCGACGGCCUGAGCCACGCCGUCGGCUUCGUCAGCCGCACCAGCAAGGCGUUCAGCAACAAGCAGACGGUGAAGCAGUGCGGCUGCACCGAGGUGUACCGCGACUGCCUGCGCGCCUUCCUGCCGGCGCUGGGCUGCCCCGUCCAGCGGGGGGCGCUGCGAGGCUGCGUGCGCUCCUUCCUGCACCGCAUGAUCAUCUGCCUGGAGGAGGAGGUGCUGCCCUUCAUCCCCGCCGCCUCCGAGCACAUGCUGAAGGAUUGCGACGCCAAAGACCUGCAGGAGUUCAUCCCGCUCAUCAGCCAGAUCGCCGCCAAGUUCAAACGGCGGGUGUCCCCCUUCCUCGGGCAGAUCUUCAUGCCGCUGGUGCUGUCCAUCUUCGAGGCGCUGGCCCGGCCCGCCGACGCAGACGAGCAGGCGGCCGCUCUGGAGAAGCAGAUGCUGCGCAGGAGCUACUUCUCCUUCGUCCAGACGGUGGCCGGCGGCGGCGCCGACGAGGUCCUGGCCGACCAGGGGGCGGAGAACGUGGAGCGGGUGGUGUUCACCGUCAUCCAGGGAGCCGUGGACGUCCCCGACCCGGUGGCCCAGAGGAGCUGUUUCGCCGUGCUGGCCCGGCUGGUGGAGCUUUGGGGCGGCGAGGGCGGCAUGUCCGGCUUCGGCGACUUCACGUACAAACACAUCGUUCCCGCCUGCUUUCUGGCCCCCCUCAAGCCGACCUUUGACCUUUCGGACGCGCAGACGAUGCUGACUCUGUCGGAGGUGGCCGUGACGCUGAAGACCAUCUACGACAAGCAGGGUCCGGAGCUGCUGGACUUCCUGCAACGCGACUACCUUCCGUCGCUUCACGUGUGUCCGGACGUGGCCCAGGAACUUUGCCUGGUUCUGCAGCAGCCCGACGCCAAAGUCCUCAAGGCCUACUUGAAGGUGUUCUUCCAGCGAGCCAGGCUGUAGCAGGUCAAAGGGCGCGGGACGUGAGCGCCGAGCCGUUACGAGGUCAAAGGGCGCCACCGGACGAGCGGUCCGCGUGACCGCUGAACUUUUUUUGUAAAUUCUCCUCCAAAGGGCUGAAACCUUUUUCUUCAUCUUUUUAGUUCAAAGGGCAGAUUAUGCAAAUGAGGCGUCAUCGCGACGGCUUCAAGGACAAAACAGGCGGCUGGAAAUCGCCGUCCAGGAAGCCUUUCUAAAGAAAUUGCACAAAAACAUUUCAUUCAACUCAUUUGGAAUUCAUUUUUCACAAGCUUCCCUUCAUUCAAGUGCAAUUUUCAUUUUGUGACUUUCCCAAAAUUGAGCCCAACUUCCCGUUUGCUUGAGGUGGGGGGGGGGGGGGGGCGAAGGUCUUAAAAGCGCCAAACAAAAGUCGUUCUUUGGCCAGUUGGCGUUCAAGCGAACUCGGGCCGGCGGGCUUUUGUGGGCCACGCUGGGCUCGAUUCUUAUCUUGAACGCAACUGCGGCUAAAACAGCGACGCUUGCGUGGCUUGUCGCCAAAAGACGGAACUGCCAAAAUGUCCUUUUUUUUCUGUCCUUUCGGUGAAUUCUGCUUCCAUCCGAAGGCGAGGCUACUUCCGUACGCUUGGCCCUCGUUUCCGGAUCGGAAUUGAAAAGUCGGAUUUAAUUUAUUUCAACGUCGCAGUGAGAAAUGCGGCCGUCCCGUCUGCCCUGCGACAUUCUGGGCAUUUUCGAGCCUCAUUUUAGCGACGCCGAAAAAUUGACCCGUGAAAGAUUUGCGGAGGAAAACGUCUUUGUUUGCCACUGACGGCUGGCCAAUUCAAGUCGCCGCGCUAACGUGGAGGGAGGACCGGUCAGCCCGACUUAAGUUUGGAAUCACAUCUCAUGUUUUUGGGAUGGCCGCCGAGUAUCUUCACAUUUUCUUUUUGUUUAGUUUUUUCCGUGUGAUGUGAUGAUGAAUGAGUCAAUAAAUUGGACCUGGAGUGGACUCGGACAA